CAACGAGUCGUACACCGAGCAAAGGUGGUGGUUUAGUGGAUGAGAAAAGUCGUGUGGCAAUCGUGAAUCCAUUGCCGGAUGAGCUGAAACCAGCGAAAACGAAAGAGACUCAUACGAAGCGAAUCUCACCGAAAAGUAUUGGUCAAAACUUAGGAAGAGCAUUCCAAGGAGCCAGCGGUGAUAUGAUGAAAAGCGAAAAAGCGGCAAGUGAUUCUGGAGCUUCGGUGUCUGGAAGCACUGAGAUGUUCUCGAGUGAGUUUUAG